AUGCAUAAAUAUAAAAUUGAAGCACUAGGGCAAUCUAUAUUAGUUAAUGAGAAAGAUUAUCGAUUAAGAGAAGUGGAAAAACUGAAAAAAGAAACAAAAGUUCAACUGAAGAAACGUAGUGAUGAUGCCACAAAAGAGUCCGUCCAACAAACCUUAAAAGAUAUAGAAGAGAAUUUUCUUGAGUUUAACACCUUUAAUGAUUUUCAAGUGCUACAGCUUCCAAGUAAUACAAUUAAUGAUUCGCAGAAGAACUUUAUUCAUCUUAAUAUUCAAGACGAUGGAACGCUAUUAACCGUUGUAGAUCAAUUAAAGUUAAAUGAAUUUUGCUCUCAGCGUGGAAAGAACUGGCAGCUGAUUUAUAAAGCAACACGCGAUGGAUUUGGUGCUGGAGAUUUUCAUCAAUGUUGUGAUGGACAGGGUCCGACAAUCACUGUGAUACAGACGGACGGUCAUCUGUUUGGAGGUUAUACAGCUGUUCCUUGGAGCUCGCCUAUAACUGGAAGAUAUUGUGAAGAUCCUCGGGCAUUUUUAUUUACCUUAACGAAUUCCUCGAACAUUCCACCGACAAAAUUUUAUAUUGAUCCAAACGAAUCCAAGUAUUCCGUGUACCAUCAGAUCGGCAAAGGACCGUCGUUCGGACGAAACGAUCUUCAUGUUCCACAUAAUGCCAACUCUCCAAAGGGGCUUGUUACUGGUAAUGAUUAUUUUUAUCUGGAUCUGCCUCAGUCGCCAACUUAUAUUGAUACAAUCGGCAUGGGAACGAUUUGGAAUAUGUUGGAAAUCGAGAUUUACAAACUAAGCGAUUAA